UUUAGAGACGAGGAAAAACUUGAGACGGGAAAAUCUAUUUCAUUAGAGCUUUUGAAAGCAAUAGAAAAAUCAAGGUUUGCAAUUGUCAUUCUUUCAAGAAACUAUGCAUCUUCUACAUGGUGUUUGGAUGAACUUGUAAAGAUCAUUAGGUGCAUGAAAGAAAUGAAGAUGAUGGUUCUACCAAUUUUUUAUGAUGUGGAUCCAUCUACUAUACGAAAACAAAUGGGUACUUUUGCCCAAGCCUUUGCUAAACAUGAAGAAAAUUUCAAGGACUGCAUAGACAAGGUGCAAGCAUAGAGAACUGCUUUAAGAGAAGUAGCCAAUCUCAAAGGAUGGCAUGUACAAGAUAGGCCUGAGUCACAAAUUAUCCAGAGCAUUGUGGGAGAAUUGUGGCAUAAAUUAAGUUAUGCAUUCUCAGAAUGUACCGAAAACCUAGUAGGAAUAAUUUCUCGAGUGGAGAAAUUGGAGUCAUGUUUGGAUUUAGGGUCAAACAAUAUUCGCAUGGUGGGUAUUUGGGGGAUGGGAGGAAUCGGUAAAACAACUCUUGCUAGAGUUGUUUUUCGUAAGAUUUCAAAUAACUUUGAAGGUUGUUGUUUUCUUGCUAAUGUUAGGGGAGUUUGUGAAAAAGAUGGUUUAGUUCGAUUACAACAACAACUCAUUCUUCAAAUUUUGAAUGAAAAUAUGGGUGUAGAAGAUGUUAAUGAAGGAGUUUUUGUGAUCAAGAACAGGUUACGUCAUAAAAAAAUUCUUCUCGUUCUUGAUGAUGUAGAUCAAUUAGACCAAUUAAACAAGUUAGCAGGGGAUCAUAUAUGGUUUGGUUUAGGUAGUAGAGUUAUCAUAACAACAAGAGAUAAGCAUUUGCUACAGACCCUUGGAGUAGAUGAAAUAUAUGAGGCUAAUGGAUUGACUCAUGAUGAAUCUCUUCAUCUUUUGAGUUUGAAAGCAUUUAAAAAAGAUCAUCCACCCAAAGAAUAUCGAGAGUUGUCCAGAGGUUUUGUAUAUUAUGCUAAUGACCUUCCUUUAGCUAUUGAGAUUUUGGGUUCUUUUUUGUUUGGUAGAAGUAUCCAUCAAUGGAAAAGUACAUUAAAUAGACUAAAACAGUUUCCUGAAAAAGAUAUUCUCCAAGUACUUAGAAUAAGUUUUGAAGGACUACAUGAAACAGAGAUGGAAAUAUUCCUAAAUAUUGCUUGUUUCUUUAAUCAUAAGAAGAAAAAAGAUGUAGUAGAAAUACUAAAUUAUCUUGACCUUUUUCCAGAUAUUGGAUUGGGGGUUCUUUUUGAUAAAUCUCUUGUUAAAUUUGAUGAUUUUACCUUGUGGAUGCAUGAUUUGCUUCAUGAAAUGGGCAAGAACAUAAUUUAUGAAGAGUGUCCUAAAGAGCCGGGAAAACGUGGCAAACUGUGGUUGUUUAAGGACAUUAACGAUGUACUGACAGAAAAUACGGGAACAAAAGCAAUUCAAGGCAUAGUCUUAAAGUUGCAUAAACAAAAAGAGGCAUAUUGGAAUCCUGAAUCCUUUUCAAAGGUUCAUGAUCUUAAAUUGCUCAUAAUUGAUAACGUUCACCUUUUGCACGAGCCCAAAUAUCUUCCUAAUGCCUUGAGAUUUCUUGACUGGAGUGAAUUCCCUUCAAAAUAUUUUCCACCAAGUUUCCAACAAAAGUCUUUUGAUAGUUUGAAGUUCAUCAAAUUGAAGGAAUCACUAAAAUUGAUUGAAACUCCUGACUUCAACGAAAUCCCAAAUCUUGAGAAAUUGGAUCUUGAGGGUUGUAUAAAUUUACGUUCCUUGCACCCAUCAAUUGGAGUUCAUCAAAAACUCACUUUUCUUAACCUAGGAGGUUGCAAAAACCUCAGAAGUCUUCCAAGCAAGUUUGAAAUUGAGUCUCUUGAGAUCUUUAUUCUUUCUGGUUGCUCAAAUUUAAAAAGAAUUCCGGAGUUUGGAGAAAAUAUGGAAAGUGUAUCAAGGCUUUACUUAGAUGGCAUUGCUAUUACAAAAUUACCCACAUCAAUUGGGAAUUUGACUGGCCUUGCUUCAUUGAAUCUAAAAGAUUGCAAAAACCUCAAAAGUCUUCCAAGCAAGUUUGAAAUGGAGUUUCUUGAGAUCCUUAUUCUUUCUGGUUGUCCAAAUUUAAAAAGAAUUCCAGAGUUUGGAGAAAAUAUGAAAAAUGUAUCAGAGCUUUACUUGGAUGGAACUGCUAUUACAAAAUUACCAACAUCAAUUGAAAAUUUGACUGGGCUUGUUUCAUUGAAUGUAAAAGAUUGCAAAAAUCUCAUGUCUCUUCCUAGUACCUUUUUUAAUAUGAAAUGGCUCAAAGAUCUCAAUCUUUCUGGAUGCUCAAAACUACCGGAAAACUUGGUGAUUGAGAAAAGGGUAGAAGAGGUUGAUGUGAGUGGAACUGCCACAGGUCUUAUGGCUUAUUCCAAUACUAUUUUUCAAACUCUUAAAACACUAGCUUUGGGUGGAUUUAAGCGGAGAAGUCCCAAUCACAUGGGCUUGUUACCGACUUCUUUAUGGGGCUUGUGUUCUUUGACCCGUCUGAAUCUAAGUUAUUGCAAUCUCAAUGCAAUCCCCAAUGAUAUUUGUCGCUUAUUCUCUUUAGAAGAUUUAUGUCUAAGCGGCAAUAAUUUUAGUUGCCUUCCGGAAAACAUUGCUCAACUAUCUAGGUUGUAUCAGUUGGAGGUGAACAAUUGUACGAGUCUUCUAUCAUUGCCAAAGCUUCCAUUAAAUAUUAUUUAUAUUGAGGUGAACAAUUGUACCUCACUAGAAACGCUACCAGAUCUAUUACCAUCAAAUUCUCCAUUAGGGCUUUCCCUCCACCUUACAAAUUGCAGUAAAUUGGCUGAGAAUCAAGGCUUCAUUGACAAUGGAUUCCUGUUAUUUGCAGCGAUAAUAAGUUCCUUUCGGUGCCAUCGCCGCUUCUACAGUUAUGAUAGUGUUAUCCCUGGAAGUGAAAUUCCAAAGUGGUUUACGCAUCAAAGUAUUGGGGAUGAGGUUAGUAUUCAAGAACCUAAUUCUCUUUUGUGUAAUGAGUGGAUCAGGAUUGCUGUUUGCGCUGUAUUUUGUUCUCAUCCACAUCACCAAAUCCCCGAAGAAGGUUCACUUACCUGUUGGUUGAGAGUUAACGGAAAAGAAAUGAAUAAUAAUACAAGCACGCUCAACUUUGUUCCUUUAUCGGAUCACACUUGGCAACUUAUUUUGCGUCCUCAAUUCUACGAAUGCAAUGCAAAUGAAGAAAUGAAGAAAUCAUUGUGCGAAUGCGAUGCAAAUGGAUUCAGUCAGAUUGGAAUUAGAAUUGAUUCUCAUUACGGUGAAUAUAACUUUUAUCAGUCAGAUUGGAAGGAGAGACUGAUAAAUUGCUUUAUGAUAAAGAAGUGCGGGUUGCGAAUGGUAUACAAGAAAGACGUUGAAGAUCUUAAUUUCGACAAUUCGUCGGCAGCGGCAGCGGCAGCGGAAGGUUACAAAGCCAAGCUCUAAUUACGAACCUCACCCAAAAAGGAUUGAAAGAGUCACGAAAUUUAUGGGUGAGGAACUGUGAGGAAUCAAGUGAGAACAAGGAAAGUGCUGAAGAGCUAGGUGAUUGAAGGUUAAUCAACUUUUUUCUCUGCAUGGAUGAAGAGCUGGACGAAGGGAGGGAGUUUUAGGGAUCUUAAAGCACUUCUCAUUUUCCUUUUUCUCUAUUUUAUGGGUAACUUACAGUUCAAAAAACAAAGAAAAGCCUUGAUAGUAGCAGGAUAAGUAAGUGUAGACCUUUAGAGAGAAGGACAUGCAGGGGAUCCAAGCUUCUUUUGAAAAAAUAGAGAAGGUGGAUGGAUUCCCUGCAGAGUCUAUAUCCCUAGCAACCCUUGCCCCUAAAUUCUUUGUGAACAUUAGCUUGGAUAACAUGCAGCAAACUUUGAAUCUUAUACUUUUCUGCUUGUGCUGUUUUGGUUCCUUCGUUUCAAAAUGUAUGAAAAAAGAAUGGCAAGACAAAGAACUUUGUGGUGUUUUGAAUGCAGUAGAAAUCAUGUGCUGGAAAGCAAGUAAACAUUGAAACUGGAAGCUUUUACUGCCAAAGGUAUAUAGAUUUAUUGUUCUAUCCCCUGUUCUUUUCUUACAUUCAGAACUAGGCUUCUAGGUUGUCCUUAUUUAAAAGUCCAUAAGUACAAGCUCAUUAGUACAGGCAUGACACAUUGACAGGUAGUUCAAACUGAAUAAACUAGAAUUCUAAUUCUUAUAUAUUUCCUUCUUGUCCUUUCCAUAUAAUAUGGUUUGCUUUAUGUUAAAGUAUGCAAAGGGGUUUUGUUUGUUUGAAACUGUUAACAGGCUCUUUUUUUUUGUUUGAUCUGUCCACAAGAGCUGGCUGAUCAGUGGAAAUUUAAAGAACUUAAAGUUCUUCUAGGUAGCUAACAGUUAAGAACUAAAGGAUAGCAUCCACAGUAGUAAAAUACGCAAAGUCCAGACCUUUAUAGAAUCUUCCAACUGGCAACCAAUCCUGCUUGAGAAGAGCUGCAAGGGUAGAAGAACGAAAUGGAGGGGUCAGUUUUGAUUGUAAACAUAAAGAUGGGUCCAUUUCUGGUUGUUUGAGCUGGACUAGGGAGGCUGGAAUAGAAGUAACACAGAGGUGGCAGAUUGAUGAAGGACAUUCAGAUGUUUAGGAACCAGUUGACAGAUGUUUUGGGUUUGGAGAGGAGUUCAUACGUCUUCUGACAGAGCCUCAAUCUCCAGCAACCAUUGCUUCUAACUUCUUUAUGAACUUUAGCUUCGAUAACAAAGUUGUUGAAUAGAAUUGUACAAUAGUUGUUGAUGAUUCUGCUUUCUUUAAACGGCACAGUUUUUACUAAUUAAAUGCCACGACAGUAGAGUGACGCCCUUUCAUUAAUUUGAUAGUUUUCGCUUGAUAGCUGUUGGUCCUUUCCAGUUGUCAAUGCCUCGUUGGCUCCACGUUAUUUGUAAAUUUUGUUAUGGCCACAAUGGCUAGUUUGUUAGUUAAUUAGUCUGCUAGAUCAGUUUAGGCAGUUUCCGAGAAGUUAAUUCCUGGCUAAUCCUGUAGCCUCUAUUUUGUACAUAAUUGCAUAUAUAAACAAGUAAAUUUGGGUCGAGUGCCUAGAGUGCACCCGAUCUAUUGCAAUGACAACACGUGGUCAAAACUGAAACACAUGUUACCAUCACAAUAGAUUCAGUGCCCUGGUUGUAAACAGAUCUCUAUUUCUAAUUAUCAUUGAGUGAACUUCAUUUUUCCUCAA